AUGGGUGAAGGAGAAUAUUACCAUGUAGGAUUAAUUGUAGAAAUAUUACUGAGAUUGAAUACUCUUCAGGAUUUAUUGGUUGAUCAUUUAAUAAUUGAUAUUCACACUGAUGGUAUGUCUGCUCAUCACAGCACUAAUACUCAAAUAUGGCCUAUUCAAUUUAGAAUAAUAAAUAUAGGGGAUGAUGAACCAGCAAUAAUUGGUGUGUAUGUCAGUUUACGAAAACCAUCUGAUGCAAUGGAAUAUUUAAAAUAUUUAAUUGAAGAAUUUAAAUCUAUCAGUCAGGCAGGAGGUUUAAUUGCAAAUGCACCUGCUCGAGCAUUAGUUCUAAAUCAUCGAGGGCAUAAUGCUACAAAUCCAUGUUCCAAAUGUACAAUAUCGGGACAAUCAUAUCAAAGAACAAUGUGUUUUUUAAGCACCAUCAAUGAGCCUCGUACCUAUGGAGAAUAUUAUUAUGCUACAGAUAAAAAUCAUCAUUUGCCAACUGGAGAAUCUCCUUUAAAACAUUUAGGUAUUAAUAUGAUUAAAUUCGUUCCCUUUAAAUACAUGCAUCUCAUAUGCUUAGGAGUUAUGAAGAAAUUUCUGACCGCAGUAAUUGACAAAAAGUGUAAGAUGCCGAAUUUAUCAACUACUAACAUAAAACAUAUAUCAGAUAGAUUGUUAACAAUUGAAGCUUGCUGUCCUUAUGAGUCUUCACGCCAUCCUAGGCCAUUAGAGGACUGUCAACAAUAUAAAGCGACUGAUUUCUGA